GGAGGGGAGGUGGGAUGCUGGUAGGGGGAGGGGCAGGCAAGGUGAGAGGCAGGGAUGGAGGAGUGAGUAAGUGGAAGAUAAGAAAGGGGAGGAAGAGUAUCAAGAGGAAGGAAGGAAACAAAUGACAGCAGCAGCAAGGAAUGAAAGAAUUGAUAUAGAAAGAAUGUAGAAAAGUGUACCUCUGGUCCCUUAUAAAUAGCACACACACACGGCACACAUCAGUUAUCCAGACCAGGUGUUCUCCUGCCCUCCCUGGUCAAGGCUCAACCUCCUCUAACAUGGUGGUGGCUGAAGCGACACCCAGAGCAACAGUUGCUGUGACAUUCCUGGCAGUUGUGGCAGUUAUGCUGGUAGACUCCACACCGACCACUGCUCAAGCAAGUCACAGCCCCAGUGACCUCCUCAGACACCUCUCCCUCCUCUACAAGGGCACUUAUGUCCUCUAUGGAAAUGGGCGACGAAGUGAGCGCGACCUGCCCGAGUGUUCAUCAGCCAACGAAGCAUGUAACGUGGCACAUCGGAGGUUCUGGCUGACGCCUAUUACAGAACGACUCUGCCGGUGUGCUGACCGCUCCGAGUGCCCACUGCACUUCACUGGCCUUAAUGAUACUUUAUCCCAGCAUGUCUCAAAUAGAGCACAACUUAAGUUUUGCGGACCAGUAAUGGAAGAACUGAAUGAGUGUCGAGAAGGAGAUGUGGCCUUGAAGCUGCGUCGUGUUGAAAGGCAAAACCAACCCUUCCCCAGCAGUGCCAUUAGGGAAGGUGCAGACACACACACCACCAUCCUGUGUCAAUGUCCUUGGCCUAACUUAUGGAUGCUGGCUGAAACUGAGAUGCCUUCCCCAACAGAGACUAUUCAUUUCUACACUUGCAACCCGCUGCCCAAGUGCAAGAGGGGCGACGAGUGCGGCCAUAUACGUGCCGAUACUCUGGAGAGUUACUACACGUGUUCAUGUCCCGAACACCAUUUGUGUAUAUUCAAAGGACCCCAGUUGACUCACAACACAUCACGGCUGCACUUCAACGGUCAUGCAUACUCUGGAAUGUGCACAGCUAACUGACCAACAUUAUAUACCCUGUAUAUCCUUUAUCUGCAAAACCAUUGUACAGUGGAGUAUCAGUUAAAUGGAUUGAUUCAUUCCAGGCUCCAUCCACUGCCUGACAACCUCUACAUUUAUAUUGUUAUUUACCGUGUUGCUACUCUAUACCCACAAGUUCUAACGUUUCUAAUGAUACAAAUUGUAGAACAUGCUUUUGUGCAUAUUUCAACUUCAAGAGCACUUUGAAAACAUACAUUUAUAAUAAAGAUACUGUAAUA